CAAGGGCUUUAAAUCCCCCGCCUCCAACUUUGUCGUCUCAUUCCCCCCAUCCAAGCAACUUCAACUCCUUCAACCCCCACCCCCCCACACACAACAACUUUAGCAACAAUGUCUUCCGGUGGCAAGUCUGGUGGCAAGUCGGGUUCCGAGACCAAGUCGUCUUCGCGUUCGUCGAAGGCCGGCCUUCAGUUCCCCGUUGGUCGUAUCCACCGUCUCCUCAAGCGCGGCAACUACGCCCAGCGUAUCGGUUCGGGUGCCCCCGUCUACCUCGCUGCCGUCCUCGAGUACCUCGCCGCCGAGAUCCUCGAGCUCGCCGGUAACGCCGCCCGUGACAACAAGAAGUCGCGUAUCGUCCCCCGUCACCUUCAGCUCGCCGUCCGCAACGACGAGGAGCUCAACAAGCUCCUCGGCUCGGUCGUCAUCUCGCAGGGUGGUGUCCUCCCCAACAUUCUCUCCGAGCUUCUCCCCAACAAGACCCCCAAGGGCAACAAGGCCAAGCCCUCGCAGGAGGUUUAAGCAGCUGGAUAGAGCAGAGGUUCUCUUUCAUCACACUCUUCGUUUUCGCUAGUCUUCCUUUGAUUGUCAUCCGUAGCGAUGCAGACUUUACUCGCA